AUGGGGUCGAGUAGGCUGAACGUCGGCGAUGAAGCCCAAGCUGGGUCGGCCGCGAAACCCGUCGUGUGCUUCCUGGGCCCGGUAUCGUCGUAUACGCAUCAGGCGACAAUGGAGACGUUUCCCGCUGACAAGUUCGAGCUGAUGCCCGUGGUCACGAUCAAGGACAUCUUCGACACGACGCAGUCGGGCCGCGCGACCUAUGGCGUGGUGCCCUUCGAGAACUCGACCAACGGGUCCGUGGUCUUCACGCUGGACCACUUCGCGGACCGGUCCAACGCGUAUCCGGACCUGAACGUGUGCCGCGAGAUUUAUCUUGAUGUGCACCACUGCAUCCUCGGGCACAUCGCGCCAUCAUCUUCCUCCCCUUCUUCUUCACAGUUACAGUCACAGAACCCCUCCUCCUCUAUAUUGCAACAACCGCAGUCACAACCUGAAAGCAGCCGUGAGGACAAACCCUCAUCCUCAGCCCCCAAACCUCCCAACGACAAGGACGACAAACCCGCCACCGCCCAGCCCCUGCACUCCCUAGCCCACAUCCAGCGCAUCUACAGCCACCCGCAGGCCUUCGGGCAGUGCACGCGGUUCCUAGGCGCCCACCUGCGCGGCGUCGAGACCGUCGACAUGUCGUCGACGAGCCGGGCGGCCGAGCUCGCGCUCGCCGACACAACCAAAACCAGCGCCGCCAUCUCGAGCCUGGCCGCGGCCGAGCUGCUGGGCGAUGGGAUCGACGUGCUGGCGCGCAACGUCGAGGACCGCGAUGAUAACACGACGCGGUUUUUUGUGCUGCGGCGGGGGACUGCUACUUCCCCAUCGGAGGAGGAGGAAUUGCUACUGACAAGAGCAGUAUCAGGAGACGAAAAGACACAGCCGCAGAAACCGGGAGAGGGCAGCGCAGUAACAGAAGAGGCCGCCGACAAGAAAGCAUCAACCACCACCCGCCACCGCCCGACCAAAUCCCUAGUAUCCUUCACGGUCCCUCACCAUGCGCCCGGCGGCCUCGCCGCCGUGCUGGACUGCUUCCGCCGCGGCGGGCUGAACCUGACCAGCAUCAGCAGCCGGCCGAGCCUGGCGGGGGCCUUCCAGUACGUGUUCUUCGUCGAGUUCGAGGGGCACCGGUUCGCGGAUCCGGAGGGACGGGUUGGUGAGGUGCUGGAGGGUGUCGGUGAGGUGGCGCGGAGUUGGCGGUGGUUGGGGAGUUGGGAGGAUAUGCUUCGGGGGCGGCGGUAG